AUGUUUUUGAAUCGAGUCAGGCUUGCGGUGCGUAGGCUUUCAACUGCAGCUGCGGGUGGUACAGUUCCUAGGACUCAGAUUUCGCAGUUGUCAAAUGGUAUCACGGUUGCAUCGGAGGUGUUGCCUAACACAUCGACGGCGACAGUUGGGAUUUUUGUCGAUGCAGGGUCCAGGGCGGAGAACAGUCGAAAUAACGGAACGGCUCACUUUUUGGAGCAUUUGGCGUUUAAGGGUACGACGAAUCGGUCGCAGGUUGGGAUUGAAUUGGAGAUUGAGAACAUUGGGUCUCAUUUGAACGCUUACACGUCUAGGGAGAAUACGGUUUACUAUGCAAAAUCUCUGAAGGAGGAUAUUCCGAAGGCGAUGGAUAUUCUGAGUGAUAUUCUGACGAGGUCUACUUUGAAUCCCAAGGCUAUUGAACGGGAACGAGACGUUAUAAUUAGGGAAUCAGAGGAAGUCGACAAGAUGUACGAUGAGGUUGUGUUUGACCACUUGCAUGCGAUUACUUACAAGGAUCAGGCGUUGGGAAGGACGAUUCUGGGUCCUAUUGAGAAUAUCAAGUCUAUCCAACGCAAAGAUCUUGCGGAGUAUAUUUCGACGAAUUACACAGGGGACCGCAUGGCGUUGGUUGGUGCCGGGUCCGUAGAUCAUGACAAGCUUGUUGAGUAUGGUGAGCGGUAUUUCGGGCAUAUCAGGAAAUCCGCAGUUCCAGUGCCCUUAGGUUCUCCUCGGGGCCCACUUCCGGUGUUUUAUGGGAACGAGUUGGCCAUCAACGAUGCGAACCUGCCCACAACCCAUAUUGCGUUGGCUGUGGAAGGCGUAUCGUGGUCCGCUCCGGACUAUUUCACCGCCCUAUGCACACAAGCAAUUGUAGGCAACUGGGACAGAUCUCUGGGCACAGGUACGAACUCACCAUCGUCUUUGGCUGUUGCUGCAUCUGAAAAUGGUUCUCUGGUUAAUUCUUAUAUGUCGUUCUCAACAUCUUAUGCCGAUUCGGGACUGUGGGGGAUGUAUAUUGUGGCAGACUCUAAGGAACACAAUAUAAAGUUAAUAAUAGACCAAAUAUUGAAGGAAUGGCUGCGUAUUAAGUCCGGUCAUAUCACUGAUAGUGAGGUGGAGAGAGCUAAGGCACAGCUGACCGCAUCUUUGCUGUUAUCUCUAGACGGUUCUACAGCGAUUGUGGAGGAUAUUGGCAGACAAAUUGUCACCACUGGUAAGCGUCUGUCGCCUGAGGAGGUUUUCGAAAAGGUGGAUAAAAUUACCAAGGAUGACAUUGUAAUGUGGGCCAACUAUAGAUUAAAGGAUAAGCCUAUUUCAAUAGUGUCUCUGGGUAACACUAAAACGGUGCCAGAUUUGGCUUACAUCCAGGCUGCGUUAAACAAAAGGUAG